AUGGUUGGUCAAUUGUUUCGUACGGUCACCCGGCCUAGCACCAAGGAAAGACAUUUCAACUGGAGGAACUUCUUCGUCACAUAUUCCAUCAGCUAUGGCCAAUUGGCAUUCGGUUACCCGUCUUCGAUUAUCAGCACCACACUGGGUUCUCCAGACUUCUUGAGAUAUAUGGGCUUGGUCAAUGACAACGGGGAGGCAACACAAAGCCAAGAAACCAUCACUGGAACCACUAAUGGACUCUAUCAAGCUGGAGCCUUCGUCAAUACCUUUAUAACCUGCUACGCUCUCGAAAAGAUCGGGCGCAAGAACACAGUCUACUACAACGCCGUCAUCGGUCUGCUUGGUGGAGCUCUCCUCGCUGGCUCCCGCAAUAUUGGCAUGUUCCUCGCAGGGCGCUGGUUCACUGGCAUGAGCGCUUGGGAUUUCCUCAUCUUGACUCCUGUCUAUACCGCUGAGCUAUCACCGCCUGACCUCCGCGGCUUCUAUACUGGUCUCAAUGGCGUCCACAUCGGAUUGGGGUACUUCCUCGCUGCCGCCAUGGGACGGGCGUGGCUGGUAGCGAGCGAGCCUGAAGCCGUAUGGCGAGGACCAUUGGGGAUCUAUCUGUUCUUCCCGUUGCUGAUGAUCGUCAUCAUGCUAUUCUCGCCAGAGUCGCCGCGAUGGCUGUUUCUGAAGGGCAGGACAGAGGAGGCAGAGAAAAUCAUCUAUCGAAUGCACACGGUGAAGGGCAACACGGACUUUGCAGAGAAAGAGCUGAAUGAGAUGAAGAAGCAGAUUGCCAUUGAUGUCACGCUCGAGAGCUCUUGGAUAUCGAUGUUCCGAAAGCCUUCGUACCGAAAGCGCACACCGAUCUGCAUGUUCUAUUGCUUUAUUGGCCAGUCGACGGCGGUGUUGGUCAUCAACAAUUACGGGCCAACGUUCUACAAAGGGCUUGGAUACGGCACGAUCGAGCAGAUUGAUUUCCAGCUUGGUUGGGUUGCUCUGGCGCCUCCGUUUUGCUUGUUGGGUGCCUUGCUGAUGGACAAUCUUGGUCGUCGUCCACUCCUCCUAAUCGGCAUCGGUGGAUGCUGCAUUUGUCUAUCCUUAGAAGCAGCAGCAACAGCAGUCUUCACCGCCGACCCAACAAAGCUGAGCUACGGCAAGCUCGGUGUUGCAGCACUGUACCUCUUCAACGUCUGCUACAACGUCGGCGUCGAUGUCGGAGGAAACGUCUUCUACGCCGAGGCCUUUACCAACCACAUUCGCCAUAUGGGCGUGUCCAUUACGAACGCGGUGCUUGCCCUCACGGACUUGGUCUACCUGGAAGUCACUCCGAUAGCGUUCUCAAAUAUCGGUUACAAGUUCUUCUUGGUCUUCAUCUCAAUCUCCGCCGUAGGUUUCGUCAUCCUAUGGUUCAUCCUACCAGAAACAAAAGGUCUUUCCCUCGAGCAAGUCGGCAAGAUCUUUGGGGACGAAGACGAGGCAGCGAUGUACCGGGAAGAUGUCGAUAUAACAGAUGAGAAGGUUGCGGCGAAGCUCGGCCAGACUGCUUCUGGGGAUCGGUCUGGCGAUGAUGUGGUUGAUGCUGAGAAGGCUAUUGGCGUUCGUGGGGAUGUUGAGACUCAUGAACACGUCAAGUAG